AUGUCCACCACAGAGACUCCUUCGCUGACGCAAGCGCCGCUCUCGUCCAUCCGCGGCCCCGUGGCAUGGGUCCAGCGCAACGGCGUCGCGAUUGGCGUCGCCGUCAUUGCGGUCGUCGGCUUUGGUCUCGGCUUUGGUCUCGACGCCAACGACAACGUGCCCGCGCCGUACAACCGCAUCUCGUCCAUCAUCGGCUGGACCUACUUUGCGUGCUGGAGCGUGAGCUUUUGGCCGCAGAUCUUCCUCAACUGGCGCCUCAAGAACGUCGAAGGUCUCUCGAUCGACUUUAUCGCGUACAACAUUGUCGGCUUCUCGUGCUACACGGUGUACAACUCGUCGUUCUUCUGGAGCGAGUCGGUCCAGGAAGAGUACAAGGCGCUCCACAACGGGUCGCCCAACUCGGUGCAGGUCAACGACGUCUUCUUUGGCAUCCACGCCGUCGCGAGUCUCAUUGCGCUCGCGCUCACGAUCAUCGCGGCCUUCCUCAUCGUCCACCUCGCGUCGCCGUCGAGCUCGUUCUUCACCAAGCUCAACUUCCUCUACCUCCUCAGCUACGUCAAGCUCGCCAUCUCGCUCGUCAAGUACGUGCCGCAGGCGUACCUCAACUACAAGCGCCAAUCGACCAUCGGCUGGACCAUCUACAACGUGCUUCUCGACUUUUCGGGCGGCCUCCUCUCGAUCGUGCAGCUGCUCAUGGACGGCGCGUCGACGCACGACUGGUCCUCGGUCACGGGCAACCCGGUCAAGUUUGCGCUCGGGUUCGCGAGCAUGUUCUUUGACGUCAUCUUCAUGACGCAGCACUACAUUCUGUACCGCCACUCCAACUCGGCCGAUCAGCUCGAGGUCAAGGCCGGCCACGCCAACUCGCCCUUCCUCAAGGUCUAA